GCACUAGCAAAUCGAAGAGCAUGGCGACAACUACAGCUAAUCACUAUCACCAUUCGACAGUUUCUGAAACAAUCGACAUGCAACAGCACUUUGACAUCAAGUCCUACAUGGCGACGCCUGUCAACCAUGCGCCAGUUCACCAUCAACAAUGGCUAGGUUGUAUUGACACCGCGCCGGCGGCUGCUGCCGCAGCAGCCGCCGCCUGGACAAGUUCGGCAGAUAUGACGGCUUUACAUCAGAGGCAGACUGCUGCAGUCUCUCAACAACAUCAGCAUCCUCAUACUCAUCAUCAGCAACUGCACCCAGCUUAUGCCGCUUCUUGGUCUCCACCACCGCCAACAUCAGCUCCUCAUCACCUUACUGCUAUGAAUGGUGGUCAAUUACAACAAUACGGAAAUGUUAUAGCAGGUCAACACCAUCCCAGCGUAAUGCAUAGUCUUGUGGCAAGACAUGAACAUGCAAUGGCAGCGGCUGACCUUCACCACCAUGAAGGUUUAAUGAAUACUGCUGCUGCAGCUGAAACUGCCCAUGAACACCCACAUCAUCCGUCCGACGAUGAUUCUCCCUCGUCCGACGAUCUUGAAUCCUUUGCCAAGUCAUUUAAACAACGACGUAUUAAACUUGGCUUUACUCAGGCCGAUGUAGGUCUCGCAUUAGGAACCCUAUAUGGUAACGUGUUCAGUCAAACGACAAUCUGCCGAUUUGAAGCUCUGCAGCUCAGUUUUAAGAAUAUGUGUAAACUAAAGCCCCUGUUGCAUAAAUGGCUAGAAGAAGCGGAUAGCACUAGCGGAUCGCCAACUUCUAUUGAUAAGAUUGCCGCACAAGGAAGGAAACGUAAGAAACGUACAUCAAUAGAGCUCAAGAAAUCUCCGCCAUCGCCGAUCAACUCCAACUCGAAAAGGAAGUGGUCCGAGUGUGGUUUUGCAAUAGGCGGCAAAAAGAAAAAAGGAUGACUCCACCGAAUUUGGGCCCUAAUGGUGAAAUCCUAUUACCUGAUUGCGCAGCUUCUCCAGUACCAUCUCCUAGCCCUCCGACAACGACCACCUAUCAUAGUCGAGGAUCACCUUUAAUGUCACCACAAUCCGCCUGCCAGCAUGACCAUAUAUCGCCUCCUUCCUCUUCCUCGCCUCACACUCUUCUUACGUCAUCGGCCUCCCAUCAAACUGUAGUCAACUAGUACGAACGUCUCCUAGUGACGGCACGUCCAACUCACUGUUCUGACGUUGCGCACGCAAACAUUGCAGUGGCCAAAUCACGGUGAAGCGCUGCAGCGCCGGAUUGCCUUUCUCCUAUAAACCUAUCUAUAUCGACUCCUGUAUGUAUAGAAUUUAUAUUACUAGUCAUACGCGAUAUAUGCAUGGGUAACAAUAUAUAUAUAUAUAUAUAUAUAUAUAUAUAUACAUAUUAUAAUGUACAUAAACGACUUGCUGCUUUCUUUUCCGUGUCCAUCCCAUAUAUUUAGCAUGCACGUGUAUAAAUGUGAAAUAUUAAUUUUGUGCAUCUACAUAUAUAUAUAUGUAGUAAAUUGUGCAUAUAUGUAUAUGUAUAUGUAUAUGUAUAGGUAUAUGUAUAUGUAUAUGUAU